GUGAAGACAGGUCGUUACAGAAGUGGUCUCGUAUAGCAAGCAAAACAAGCGGGUAAACGAGGUUUUGUGUUGGGACGGCAUGGAUUCAACCUUUUCGUCUUUUAUUAAGCUUAACUGAGACAAAAAGUGGCUCUACGAAAAUCGUUAUCCCAUACACGUUAACGAGGAACGCGCCACAAACAAGCUGAUUUUCAAAUCUGCAACACGGAUGUAAUGAAGUCAAGGGCAUACUACUACAUGACUUCGCUGGCGGUUUGUACAACGUGACGUUUCUGUGUUGCUGUGGUGGGCUUAACGUAAAAUACCAAUUUCUGUAAUAUACAGAUAUACUAUACUGUAGGUUAUGAAGCUUGUGGAAAGUAACGUAUGAAGACACAUUACGCAAAUUCCUAAACUAACAGGUUGAUGUCACUGUAUUUGUGAGAAAGAAAAGGACUAUUUUUCCAUUACGUGGAUACGGCUUUUUAUCCGGAAGAACAAGAACUUUUAGGCUUAUCACUUGCACAAACCAUGAGUGAGAAACGAAGACAAAUAUUAGCAAAUUUGGAUCGGUAAACUUUCUUUAUCGAACGUUCCUCGCUUACAGUUUCCAGGAUGCUAAUUAAGGAAUAUCGUAUCCCCAUGCCUCUGAGUGUGGAGGAGUACCGCAUCGCUCAGCUCUACAUGAUCCAGAAAAAAAGUCGUGAGGAGAGCUGUGGUGAGGGCAGUGGCGUGGAGAUCCUGGAGAAUCGGCCCUACACAAAUGGGCCCGGAGGAAGCGGCCAGUACACACAUAAGGUGUAUCACAUCGGCAUGCACAUCCCUGGCUGGUUCCGUUCCAUUCUGCCCAAAGCAGCCCUCAGGGUAGAGGAGGAGUCCUGGAAUGCUUAUCCAUAUACUCGCACACGGUACACUUGUCCAUUCGUUGAGAAGUUUUCUAUUGACAUUGAGACAUAUUACAAAUCUGAUACAGGAAACCAGCCAGAUGUUUUUAAUAUGUCUCCAGCAGAGAGACGGCAAAGGACUGUGGAUCCUAUUGACAUAGUGAAGGACCCGAUUCCACCUCAUGAGUAUAAAGCAGAAGAGGACCCGCGUAUAUACCUCUCUGUCAAAACCAGCCGGGGCCCCCUGAGCGAUGAUUGGAUUGAAGAGUUUGUCCACGAUCCCAGCAAGUCUCCAAUCAUGUGUGCCUACAAACUUUGCAAAGUGGAGUUUAGAUAUUGGGGCAUGCAGUCUAAAAUUGAACGCUUCAUCCAUGAUGUUGGUCUGAGAAAGGUGAUGGUACGUGCCCACAGACAGGCAUGGUGCUGGCAGGAUGAGUGGUAUGGCCUGACUAUGGACGAUAUCCGGCAACUGGAGCUGGAGACUCAGUUGGCCCUGGCGCAGAAAAUGGCACAGUAUGCUGAGGAGGAGACGGACACUAGUUGCACAGGAAGCUCCUUCCCUGAGAAGAGCCAGGAAGUGCAGGAGAAACUGAGUCUUAGCCCAGGAGACGAGGCUAAGGUGGUGGACACCCUGCAGGCGAGGAGCACACUCACCAAACAGUGGUCCACAUCAUCCAGAUCUUCUAGAUCAUCUAAGAGAGGAGUGAGUCCAUCCCGCCACAGUAUCUCAGAAUGGAGGAUGCAGAGUAUUGCCCGUGACUCAGAAGAUAACUCAGACGAAGAGUUCUUUGAUGCCCAUGAGGACUUUUCAGACAAUGAGGAACCCUUCCCUAAGGAGAUUGCCAAGUGGAAUUCCAAUGAUCUCAUGGAUAAAAUCGAAGCGGGUGAUCCAGAAGAAACUACAGGAGAAGUAUACCAGGAGAUGGGAGCAGAGUACAUGAGGACUGCCAGUGAGGAGAGGGUAGAUGAGAUGCGUCGCACAGCUAACAUCCCCAUCAUCACCAUAACCAGGCACCAUUCAGAUGGCAUGUGUGCCCAGUCUUUGCAGCACUCCAAGGUCCAUGUGCUCAUCCUGGUCCUUCAUGGUGGGAACAUUCUGGACACAGGCUGUGGGGAGCAAAACUCCAAGCAAGGCGACGUCAACACCAUCACCAGCGCAUUUGACACGGUCAUGCGUGUACACUACCCCUCCGCUUUGGGCAACAUUGCCAUCCGUCUGGUGCCAUGUCCUGCCAUCUGCGCUGAAGCCUUUUCCUUAGUGUCCAAUCUGAGCCCAUACAGCUAUGAUGAGGGCUGUUUGUUCAGCAGCCAGGACCACAUUCCUCUGGCUGCUCUGCCUCUCCUCGCCACCUCAUCCCCUCAGUAUCAGGAUGCUGUGACCACCGUCAUCAGCCGAGCCAACCAGGUCUAUUCAGACUUCCUCCGGUCCCUGGACGGGACUAGCUUCUCAGGACAGGUGUGUCUGAUAGGAGACUGUGUUGGGGGUAUCCUGGGAUUUGAUGCACUCUGCAGCAGCAGCCAGACAGUGUGUGAAAGCCAAAACAGCAGUCGACGUGGCAGUUUGGUGAGUGUUCAGGACCCAGACCUCCUUUCCCCAGGAAUUAUCAUCAACUGCAGUCACGACACUUCCUCUCCAGAGGCACCAUCCAUGCUGGAGGGGAGCCGUCAGCUCAGCCGCAGCAAUAUCGACAUCCCCCGCUCUGGUAGUUCUGAUGACACUAGAAGACAGCCCCUCCGAAAAAGGAGCGAUUCGUCUACCUAUGAGUUAGACACAAUCAAGCAGCACCAAGCCUUUCUGUCCAGUUUACACUCCAGUGUGCUCAGAAAUGAUCCAGCCUCACGUAGGUCUAGUAACAGUACGAUGUUGGAGGCUGGCACCCUUGGCAAGUUUGACUUUGAAGUGUCAGACUUCUUCCUCUUCGGUUCUCCUCUGGGCUUAGUCCUGGCACUUAGAAAAACUGUCAUUCCCAUGAUGGAUGUGGCUCAGCUGCGUCCUGCCUGUCAGCAAGUGUACAACUUGUUCCACCCAGCUGAUCCAUCCGCCUCACGCCUGGAACCUCUUUUGGAGAAGAAGUUUCACCUGCUCCCUCCAUUCAGUGUUCCCCGCUACCAGCGAUUCCCUCUAGGGGAUGGCAACUCUGCCUUACUAGUGGAGACAGUUCACAGUUACCCCCAGAUACUGAUGGAGAGCUCACAUCACUGUCAGGAAGUUGUUAGUCAGUCUUAUAUCUCUAUGCCUGUGCUCCACUGGUCCAAGUGCUUAUCCAAGGUCCUGUUCUCAUCUCUUGACUCGGAUGUUGUUCAGUCUCAUGGUGGUGUCUUCACGGACAGUUCGUACCCCUCCUCCCCCAUAACGGCCCCCCAAUCCCGGGGGCCAGUCCGGCGAGCCAGUGAGGUCAGCAUUGCCAGCCAGGUCUCAGGGAUGGCAGACAGUUACACUGCCUCCAACAUAGCCAACACAAAUAACUGCCAAGUUAACAAAUCCAAAAAAUCCAGUCUUUUGGCCCAACUCGCCUUGACGUCACAAAAAUUCUUCCCAAGAAGCCCUUCUCCUAAGCUGCACAGAAAGGUUAAGAACCUCCACUUACCAGCACCUGAAAUAGAACCAGAUGCUGAGGCAAGUCCAUAUUCUCCAUUGGGUUUUCAGCGAACCAACACAGCUUCCUUGGAUUUUGCCAUGUGUGAACUGGUUUCUAUUGACUCACAGCCGGACAUAGAGCAAGUUGCUGCCCGUUGGUGGGGCACCAAACGUCUGGACUUUGCACUUUACUGUCCAGAUGCCCUGACUGCCUUCCCCACCAUAGCACUGCCUCAUCUCUUCCAUGCCUCGUACUGGGAGUCCACAGAUGUCGUCUCCUUUUUGUUGAGACAGGUAAUGAGGCAUGACAAUUCAAGUAUUUUGGAGCUGGAUGGGAAAGAAGUCUCAGAGUUCACACCAUCUAAACCACGCGAGAAGUGGCUGAGGAAGAGAACUCAUGUUAAGAUCCGAAAUGUGACAGCAAAUCACCGGGUUAAUGAUACGGUCUUCACAGAGGAUGCACAGAAGGUGGUGCUGGGACGUUUUAUGUAUGGACCUCUUGACAUGGUGACAUUGGCUGGCGAAAAGGUGGACAUAUAUAUCAUGACCCAGCCACCUUCAGGGGAGUGGGAAUAUCUUGAGACAGAAGUGACCAACAGCAGUGGCCGUGUCUCCUACACCAUCCCUGAGUCAGAGGGCAAGCAUCUCGGCGUUGGGGUUUACCCAGUCAAGAUGGUAGUAAGAGGGGACCACACCUUUGCCGACAGUUACCUGACAGUGCUCCCUCCUGGCACUGAGUUUGUGGUGUUUAGUAUUGAUGGCUCUUUUGCUGCCAGUGUGUCUAUAAUGGGGAGUGACCCUAAAGUUCGUGCAGGUGCAGUAGACGUGGUCAGACACUGGCAGGACCUGGGAUAUCUCAUCAUUUACGUGACAGGUCGGCCAGACAUGCAGAAGCAGCGUGUGGUGGCCUGGCUCUCCCAGCACAACUUCCCCCAUGGCAUUGUCUCGUUCUGUGAUGGCCUCGUCCAUGACCCACUCAGACACAAGGCCAACUUUCUCAAGUCACUCAUCAGUGAGGUUCAAAUGAAGGCCUGCGCAGGUUACGGCUCGACCAAAGACAUCUCUGUAUACACAUCGAUUGGCCUGUCUCCAUCUCAGAUCUACAUUGUUGGUCGACCCUCCAAGAAGAUGCAGCACCAGUGCCAGUUCCUCACAGAUGGCUACGCGGCCCACCUCUCCCAGCUGGAGUAUGUGCAACGCUCUCGUCCUACCAAAGCAGGCAGCACGCGGAUGGUCCUGCGCAAGGCCAGCUUCGGCUUGGGCGCCAACACUGACUUCUUGCGCAAGCGCAACCAUGUCUUACGCAGCCUGUCCUCCCAGCCAUCACCGAGCUCACCAGCAGGGGGCAGCGGUCAUGUGAAACCAGAGCGCACACAGAGCCAGUCGGAUAGUGAGCGGCCCCAGGCGGAGCGGGCUGAGCGUGCACAGGCCCAGCGCAGUAUGAGCCUGGCGGCUGGAUGCUGGGGCCGCAGCAGCACUGCCCGGCUGGAGUCCCGCCCUUUCCACCCGAAAAGUUAGAAACAAGUCAACAGAAGGGUGUGGAAGGUGUGGGAAAUAGAGGGCCAUAAAGAGACGUGAAGUAGAGAUGGAAGUGGACCCAGUGAAGAGAUUGGCCAGCCUAUUGUCAUGAAGCAAGGUCAAUAGAGCUGGAUUCAGUUCCUUAAAUAAAGUUAACAAAAUGAGAUCGUAAAGGUCAGAAGGUUGGCAGGUGGAUCUAUGGUGCUAUAAAUACCUACAGUAACUAAAUCCACAAUGAACAUGAGUGUUUAUGCAGACCACUAGGCUCUAAUGGGCUUCAUUUCAGAUGAAUGAUAAUGAGACAUAAGAAAACCUGGAUAAUAAUACUUGGCUUGGAGUGUUUCAUAUUCACAAUGUACUGUACAAACAUUUUUUUUGUAUUAUUGUGAGAUUCAGCCCUGAGAAAAUCGCACAUAAAACCUCAAACCUCAACAAGACUGAAUUCUAUGGCUUAGUUUUUUUCUUUUCACUAGAUAACAAAAUCAACAAGGCUGUCAUGAUUUUAACCAGGACUUAUCCACUUGGUGUAUGGUGGUUGCUGUAAACUCCUUUUUAUCAUGUAAGUUUGUUAAUUGUGCCUAUUCGUGUGUAUGAGAGGAGAAAUUAAGAGAGAACAUAGAUUAAUGCAACAAUGUUUAUUUUAGGUUUAUUGUUGUCUAUUUAUUCCAUCUUAAAACAGUUUUACCAUGUAAAGCUGCAGUUUGCUGUCAUUUGUAUCAGUGAAUAUUCACAAUGUGUACAUUGAGAUGAAACACUGGGAGCCAUAUAAAAAUAAGGAAAUUAAGAUUUAAAUUGUUUUUAAAAUCAUCUGCCUGUUUUUUGCUUCUUUGCUCAAGAGUACUUUGAUUCUGCUGCAAUAUGUAGUAUGUUGAUUCUCAAUAUAUAUUUAUAUGCAAUUAUAAGUAGAAAAGCAACAGAUCUCUCAGCUCGUAGAAUAAUUUUUGAUGUCGCUUUGCUCCUUCAUGCAAUUGAAGUGCACUAGUGUCAAGCAUGGACAGACGAGUUUUUUUUAAUUGUCAGAAGCUGUUUUAGAAACUUUCCUUGGCUGUACAUGAAGCAUUGGAUGUGCUUUAAUGGUGCACUGCAUAUGGUGAUAUGUUUAUAGAGCAUCAAUUUGCAAGUUCAUAAAAACCCUCAAUAUCAUGUAAAUAAUGUAAAAAAAAAAUGUAAAUCUAAUUCAAUGUUGAAUUUGAACAGUGUGAGUUUAUGUGCUUUUUAAAUGAUUGAUCAUUUGAGGUUUAUGAUACUGAAAUAAUGUAAUUGUGAAUUCUCAAGAACAUUACUGUUGCAUUCAAGUGUUGGUCUAAAAGACAGCUUAAGGGUGGUUUAUACUUGUUCAGCAAGUGCCAGAUGUGCCAAAAAUUGAAUCACUGCAGAGACAGCAACUUUAUUUGUAGUCUGCUAUUUGGGCCAUAUCAGUUAGUUUUCAGUAAUAGUAGAAACUCAGAAAGUACUAUUACCAGUUCUUUUACCACUGGUGGCUGAGAGGACCUAACAGUGGACUGCUUUAAAUAUGCAGCUUAACUCUUAUGUAUGAAGCUUUUUGCUCUCAUCUAAAGCAAAAGCUCAGGCAUUACAGUUUUCUUGACAUAUUUCUAAUCCAGUCGCAAGUAAAAGCAGAGUUAAGUAAAAAGUUUUUCUUUUAGAGCCUGUUCUAACACAAUCAUUUAAGGUGUAAUUUUAAGAUUCAUUACACUUAAGUUUCCAUAAGGCUUUUUAUGGUCAUUUAAAUGUAUUGAGACUCUUCUGAUCCCCAUUCUGUUCAAGAUCAGGUAUAACUCCAUCACAGUCUUAAACCAAAGUGCCUCUUUCCCCUAAACCCAUUGCAGUUAAGAUGAAUAUAUAGUAGGCACAUUCACAAACUACUGAUUUGCUUUGAAAAGUGACAAAUUAUAUUUGAGGACUGUAAAAUGAUUUAUAAUUCAGAAGCUAACAGUUUUGACAAUUAUAAUACAUUCUUUGUCUCUGUUACAUGCUUUUAACGUUUCAUUUUAUGGGCACAUAUCAAAAAUGCAAAAGGGCACAAUUCUGAUCUGUACAGGAUAGUGCAUUUGUAAAUAAAUCAGGUCAAUUGCAA